GUAAUAUCCCUUCAGAAUCCAAACACGAUGGACCACGUUGAGUUGACACACUCAGCAAUUGAUGUUAAUCAGAUAAGCAAACUGAUUGGGUCAAAGAAUUGUGGUGCUCAGUCUAUUUUCAUUGGAACAACAAGGGAAGAUGGGGAUGAUGUCAAAGUUGAAAAAUUAGUCUAUGAAGCUUAUGAAUCAAUGGCAAUCAAGAUGAUGAAAACCGUCUGCGGAGAGUUGCGAGCCAAGUGGCCACUGAUUGAAAAUGUUGCAAUUUGUCAUCGCUUGGGCUCGGUGCCAGUUGGUGAAACCAGCAUCGUGAUAGCUGUAUCAUCGCCGCAUCGAAAAGAUGCUCUUGAAGCCGUUCAUUUUGCAAUUGAUAGGUGCAAAGCAGUUGUACCUAUCUGGAAGAAAGAAGUUUUCUCUGAAAAUGGGAUAAGCCGAUGGAUGGAAAAUAAAGAGUGUGAAUGGAGCAGUUCAAAUGCGGAGCUGACAUCGUGAAGGAUCUUUCUAUGUACAGACUUACAAAUGUUUAAGUAUUCAUCCUUUCUUGAAUCUUAGUUUCCACAGUUCCCAGCUCUUCGUAUGCUCUCAGUAAAGAAUUUUGAUUGUAUUUCGAUAGUGAAACUGCUGGAAUGUGUAUCUCGUUUGCAGUGCUCCAAAAUCUCCACUUCUACGUUAUUUCAUCAUAGGAGAACAAAUCAACGCCAUUGCUUGAAAUUUUCCUAGAUUCCUUUUAACACACGGAAGAAAAUACAGAAAGAAGUGAUGAUGAUGUUACAAUUAAAAAAUAAAUCAUGACAGCAAGCCUGCAACUUUGCAAACUGAGAUAUAUGUUCCUGCAGUUUCACCAUCCAUCGAUCUUGUGUUGCUGAAAUAACUGUGGAAAGUAUGUACCUUACGAAAUCUGCAUCAGAUUUUUAAGUAAAUUCACAUGAUAUGCAGCACUCACAAAUCCAAAAUUUUUGGUUGUUAAUUUUUCGUUUUUCCCCCUAUCAAAAGUAAGGCGUUAUGAUUCACUGUGAAAAAGAAGUAAAUUUAGCAGCUAAUGAAUGAGAACAUAUGUUUAGAGAGUUAGACAUUGAGUGCGGGUCAUACUCAAUGAGUACCUAGCACAGCUUAAGUUCAGAGUUUCUACUUUGCAGAAAACUCCUUAAUCAUCCUAUGUGAUGCAGAAAAGUUUUUCUGAAAAGAUGAUUACAAUGCUGCUGACGUCAAUUGCAUGUUAUCUUUUCAAUUAAAAUGCCACCAAUCUACUUGGUUUCUCAUUCCUGAAAUUGAUCAAUUCUUCCGUAGAAUCGCGACACUACCCUAAUUACAAAUUGUUGUGAUAUCAGCAAAACAGUGCAAUAAAGUUACAAGAAAACUUUUGCGAAUUGAGUAAAGUUAUUCAUUCUAGUGUGUGGUAUUCUUGAUUUGAUGAUAACAGUUUAUAUAUAGGCGGAAUUGGACUCAGAAAUACUGGCCUAUUAGUGCUUGGACUGGUUACAUGGUCCACAAGAAAACGGGUACCUAACCAUUCUACUUAAAUGUUAAUUUCCCAGCCCAUCAGGAUGCCCUGCUUGCCUGUCUGCCCCUAUAUUUGCGUUUGUCAAUUUUCCUCCUGUACUAAGAACAAUUUAUGUCAUAUGAAUUAGUUUCCCUACCGGAUUCUACUUACAUCUAUUUGAGCACAUAGUUUUUAUUAGUGUUGAGUCUACGUCAUCAUAGAGACAAGCUCGACUCCAAAUGUUGAAACCCGCGGAGUUUUACAAGAAAAUAUUUGUAAAUCUUUGAAUCAAAUCAUUGUUGUUGGUUUUUUUAUGUUUUUGUUUUAUUUUUGUUUUUUUGAAUUUGCAUAAUACUUAAGUUUUUAAGAGUGUGGACGAUAUAUUCCAAGCACAGUCAGAAUUUUUCCCAGAGUGAGCAUCAGUCUUUCUGUCCAUCCUCUCAAUGUGUAAAGAUAUUCUCAGCAGUUUCUUAAAUUUACUCUCAAAGUCAUUGUGAUUUCUGUAGGCCUUUACUCGCUAUUUCUAAGGGAAUUUUCCGAAGAAAAUAUUUUCUUAUUUUCCCUUUUUUGUUGUCAAGUUAAUUUUUCUUGUUUAGAUUUGUGAUUUUUACCUGUUUUGGUUUUCAAUUAUGUGAAUUUUUAUACAGCAUUUGGAUUGUAAAGCAGUUUUGAUGCCUUUUUUAUCUUGCUUUUUGCCCUCACUGUAUGUUUGAUGAUCAUGACUCAUUAAUAAUCAUGUGAUGAUCGUUAAAGUACUUUUAAAAAUUAGCAUGAAAUUUUAAUCACCUUCAUGUGCCGUUCAAGGACUCAAAAUAGUGAUUUUUUAUCACCUGAAAA